GGUUGGGCAAAGCAGUGCGCAUGCGUGCCGCUGGCUGCGUACGCGCAGGCGCUGUGUGGGCUGCAUCGGCGUUGGAAAGGGGAGUUCAAGGAGACCCGGACAACGCGGCUGAGGGCACCUGGUCAGGGUCGGGGCUGCAGCCGUCAUGCCUGGGAUAGUGGAGCUGCCCACUUUGGAAGAGCUGAAAGUAGACGAGGUGAAAGUCAGCUCUGCUGUGCUCAAAGCUGCAGCCCAUCACUAUGGUGCUCAGUGUGAUAAACCCAACAAGGAGUUCAUGCUUUGCCGCUGGGAAGAGAAGGAUCCUAGAAGGUGUCUAGAGGAAGGCAAGCUGGUCAACAAGUGUGCUCUGGACUUCUUUAGGCAGAUAAAGCGCCACUGUGCAGAGCCUUUUACAGAAUAUUGGACUUGCAUCGAUUAUUCCAAUCUGCAAUUAUUUCGUUACUGUCGCAAGCAGCAGGCAAAAUUUGAUGAGUGUGUGCUGGACAAACUGGGCUGGGUGCGGCCUGAUCUAGGAGAACUAUCAAAGGUCACCAAAGUGAAAACAGAUCGACCUUUACCAGAGAAUCCCUAUCACUCAAGACCAAGACCGGAGCCCAACCCCGAGAUAGAAGGGGAUCUGAAGCCUGCCAAACACGGCAGCCGCCUUUUUUUCUGGACCAUGUAAGGAUGGGUCCACAGCCCACACUCAGUCAUGCACCCAGACAGCAACAGAUGAAAACGCCCAUGCAGUUUGCAUCAGCCGAUAGAGUGUUCUUUCCCGGAUCACAGACAUUAACAAAAAAGUUAAUUUAUGUGACUUGGCAGUUAUUCUAUACCAUUUCCUGUCCAUUAAAAAUUUUAAAGGAAA